CAUCAGCUGCGCGCAGGACUCGCCAAAGACGCACCAAACUUCUGCUGGAAGACGCACCAAACUUCCCGACAUGGAUGCCUUCAAGUCGGCCGGCAGGGCGAUCAUCCGCAGCCCCAGUGCAGCCAAACAGUCGUGGACCACAGGCAGACACAGAAAGCUUCCAGAGAACUGGACCGAUACACGAGAGACCAUCUUGGAGGGGAUGACCUUCAAUCUCCGUCACCUCGGCAUGACCCUGGUGGACCAGCCCAAAGGGGAGGAGCUCUCUGCAGCCGCUGUGAAGAGGAUCGUUGCCACGGCUAAAGCCAGUGGGAAGAAACCCCAGAAGGUUGCCUUCAAGGUGUCUCCUCAGGGAAUCAUCCUGCAUGACAGGCCGACCAAUAGACUGCUGGAAAACAUCUCCAUUUACAGAAUAUCCUACUGCACAGUGGACAAACUGCAUGACAAAGUGUUUGCUUAUAUCACUCAAAACACCCUCAAUGGGACCCUGGAGUGUCACGCCUUCCUCUGCUCCAAGAGAAAAGUGGCUCAAGCAGUGGCUUUGACAGUCGCCCAAGCAUUCACAGUAGCAUUUGAGCUCUGGCAAGUGGCAAAGGAAGAGAAAGGAAAAAGAGUGACGUCUGGUUCUGCUGGAGACACGGGCAGCAGUUCCCACUCAGAAAGAUCCAACAGCUUUGGGAAUCUUAAAGAGACGGAUGCUGCCCCAGAAAACCUACUGCACAUAGAAGACGCCGUGAUUGUGGUCGUGGAGAACAGUGAGAAUCUUCGGGAGGAUCAGAGGAAUCGCCACAAGCCCUCGGAGACCAAUAACAAUCCUGUCCCGGAUAUGGAAGAUGGUUUGGAUGAAGCCUUUUCCAGACUGGCAGUGUCACGUACUAACCCCCAGGUCCUGGACACUGGGGUGAUUCCUCAGGACUGGCUUGCUGAACCUGACUGGGACAGCACCAACGGAAACACCCCCGACUCUCUGUGCUUGUACAGGGAGGAUAUUUUGGGGUUCUGACAGCUGAUGUGCAGCGAGGAAAGAUUUUCCGACAACAAAGAAGAUCACAGGGACUGACAUCCUCAAAAACAAAUCCAGUUUUUUGUGUGUAUCAACACAAAGUAGGUCUGCGGUGGCACAAGCUGCUGCCCCUGCACACCAAGGCAACAAUACCAUCCUGUAAUAUUCCUGCAUCUCAUCUUUAAUUACAUGACAAACUUUGGCAAUGACGCGAGUUGACUGUUCUGUCAUCAUUGGUUCCCUUUUU